UUUCAGAAGACCCCGAAGCACGUUGAAAUGUUUACGGUGGAAGUGCUGUUAGCUAUGAACCCGAACAAGUGCUAUUACAUUAACAACCUCUAAAAUAAUUACCAAAUAUGUGGAGAUAGUUUUGCAAGUAAGCAACAAGCAAGAAGUAGAGCAGUUGACAAUGAUUGCUGUAGUUAGCUAAGCUAGCUCAUAUUCCAGGUAGCCGUCGGCAUCUGCGGAAAACGUGUCAGGCGCGAAUAAGCUUAUUACACAGUUAAUGGUCACAAACAUGGCGACUUCACUGGUAGUUCCAGUCAUUGAUGUUCAGAAUGACAACUUCAGAGAGCUUUGGCCUGCCAUGGUGGUCGCCAUUAAGACGUCUUCCUUCGUUGCACUGGACACGGAGCUGAGUGGUCUUGGAAACAGAAAGUCCUUGCUGGCCGAGUCUAUAGAGGACAGAUAUAAAGCCAUAUGUCAUGCAGCUCGCUCUCGCUCCAUCCUCUCUCUGGGAAUCGCCUGUUACAAAAAACUGGACGGCAAGGCUGCAGAAACGUACCUGGUCCAGGUGUAUAACCUCACCCUGCUGUGUUCAGAGGAGUACAUCAUCGAGCCCCAGUCAGUCCAGUUCCUGGUUCAGCAUGGGUUUGACUUUAACAAGCAGUACGCCCACGGGAUCCCUUACUGCAAGGGCAAUAAUACGGGAGAUUCAGAUUACAAAGGUGUCCACAUCCGAGCUUUAUUCACUGAACUGCUGCAUGCCAGGAAACCCCUGGUGCUCCACAACGGCCUCAUCGACAUGGCCUUUCUUUAUCAGAGUUUUUAUGCACAUCUUCCUGACCGCUUGGCCACCUUCACAGCCGACCUGUCUGAGAUGUUUCCUGCUGGAAUCUUUGACACCAAAUAUGUCACUGAAUUUGAGCUCCGGCUCACCGCCUCCUAUCUGGAGUACGCCUAUAAGAAAUGUAAGCUGGAUAACAGUCGCAGUGUGACCUCUGGAGGGACGGGGCCUCACGUCCAUAUUGAGUUCUGUCAGUACACGGGUCACACGUCCAGCUAUGUGGACUACAGAGAGUGUCCAGCUGUGGCCUCUGCAGAGGGACAGACUGAAAUCUGCCAGCGCUUCUCUGCGUUCGGCUGGUGUCCAAAUGGCACCCAGUGUCCUUUAUCCCACGACACUGACCUGAUCAUCCUCCAGGACGAGAAAGACUCGGGGAACAAGAGAAAAAAAAGGAAGAGACAUAGAGAGAAGAAGAAAGGUAGAGGCCAGGCAGGGGAGGGAUCCUCCAUCUGUGACGAUGCCCCUGACUGCAAAAUCCCUCACAUGGAGGUGGAUCCCGAAAAAACACCAGAUGACCAUCAAGCAGCUGAGUCAUGCCCAGACAGAGAGCCUCUAUUGGACGGUGACAGACAUGCACAACAGAAUGAAGGAGAGGACAUGAAAACAGGCGGCGAGGGGAACGGAGUGUGCGAGGACAACCCAGAUUUCAGAAACCCUGCAACAGCUGAUGACGACACGACCACAAAAACCAACGCAAACGACAGUGCGGAGGACAGAGGGAGGGAAAACAUCAGUGACCGCCCACAUAAGACUGAUGUUCAGAAGAAGGCUGACGCAGGAUUGCACCGGGCCGGGUUCGAUGCCUUCAUGACAGGAUACAUUUUUGCUCACUCGUGUGCCCUCAGCAAGAAGCAGGAGGGAGCGGGAGCUGUGAAGAAGGAGCAGGAGGAGCAGUCGUGGCUUACUACGUGUGCCAAUAAGGUCUACCUCAGCGGCAAGGCAGCUCCUCUCAACGUGGUUAAAAGCACCUUUUCCAAAUCAUCCAAGGCCCAUGUGCAGAAGAUGCAGAUGGUGUGGGGAGGGAAGGUGUAGUGUGCACACAGCAUCAGUGUGCAGGCUCACAGUCUGAGUUUCUCCUCCAUGAAUAACAGUAUUUGUCCUCAACUCUGGUCCACACUGUAGUAUCUUAAAUAUUGGCUGGAUUGCUGUGACAUUUUGUAUAUACACUCAUGAUCCCCAGAGGAUGAAUCCCAGACUUUUCUAUCAACACAAGGGUGACAUAAUUGUUUUUUAAAGUGAAAUAUUUUGGCAACUAUUGGAUAGCUUGUCAUUAAAUUUAGUACAGAAGUCCAUGUUUUUUGUAAUGAUUUCUGUUGACUUUUUAAGAACCUUGUUUUCAUUUCUAUGACAGACUUCUGUAGAUUUUUCCACAUACUAAUUAUUCUGCAAAUUCUGUUUUCAUCCAUAGAUAAUGGUAUUAGUGACUCAUGAUUAUAAACCAGCAAUAAAUUGCAAUGCAGAGGCACUUGUUUUAAUUUAGUCAACUAUUAUUUUUAAGGUUUUCGUGGAUAUAGCCAAAGUGAGAUGAUGAUUGAUUUGUGUUUAUCUCACAUUUCAGAUUUUCUAAACCUGGUUCUGAAGGUAACUUUGGAAAAUAAACUAAUGCUCUUGAUCUG